CUCGCAGCUCGCUGCGUCGUGUCCGGUCGGUCGGUCGCUGAGCACAAGAGCAAACAUGUCGGGAAGGAGAGAGCCCAGCGGAGGAACUGCGCUCAUGAAAUACACGCCUGAGACAUAAGAUUAAAAAAAAAAAACAAGAAGUGUAUUUUAAUCCAGUCAGGACGGACGGUGUUUGUGUGUGCGUUAGCAUUAUUUACACGGAAGCGGACCGGUGCGGAACGAAUGGACGGAUAAAAGAGAGACAGCCGGGAUUCAACUAAAGUAUCCUGACAGACAGGCGACCCGGGUCGGGUAGAGACUGUGUGUGUGUGUUGGUGUGUGCUCAAAACAAGACGGGGUUGCUCCUUGCUGGGGAAUGUUAUCCGUACUGUCUUAUGGCAGACUGGUAGCCAGGGCUGUCCUGGGCGGACUCUCUCAGACUGACGGUCGGGACUACAGCCUGAUCAGCGCCAGUUAUGGCUUCGGCAAAGACUUUCGCAAGGGGAUCCUGAAGAAAGGGAUGUGCUACGGAGACGAUGCCUGCUUCAUUGCGCGGCACAGGACCGCCGAUGUGUUGGGCGUUGCAGAUGGUGUAGGUGGUUGGCGGGACUAUGGUGUUGACCCGUCUCAGUUCUCCGCCACCUUAAUGAGAACCUGCGAGCGACUGGUGAAGGAGGGACGCUUCACUCCCAGUAAUCCAGUGGGUAUUCUGACCUCUGGCUAUUAUGAACUUCUGCAGAACAAAGUUCCCCUGCUAGGGAGCAGCACGGCCUGUAUUGUGGUUCUGGAUCGACGGAGUCACCGGCUACACACAUGUAACCUUGGCGACUCCGGCUUCCUGGUCGUUAGGGGAGGAGAGGUGGUUCAUCGCUCAGACGAACAGCAGCAUUAUUUUAACACGCCCUUCCAAUUGUCCAUCGCUCCUCCGGGAGCUGAAGGGGUGGUGCUUAGUGACAGCCCUGAAGCAGCUGACAGCUCCUCCUUCGACGUGCAGCUCGGUGACAUCAUCCUGACAGCAAGCGACGGCCUCUUUGACAACAUGCCAGACUACAUGAUUCUUCAGGAGCUGAAAAAACUCAAGACUACAAACUAUGACAGCGUCCUGCAGACGGCACAGAGCAUUGCAAAGCAAGCUCAUGAUCUGGCCUACGACCCCAACUAUAUGUCCCCUUUUGCACAGUUUGCCUGUGACAAUGGUCUGAAUGUAAGAGGUGGGAAGCCAGAUGAUAUCACGGUGCUGCUGUCCAUUGUGGCUGAAUAUACAGACUAAAAGUGUCUGUGAGAGUGCGUGUGUGCUUCUCUGGGGCUGGUCCUUCCUUCCCGUCUGCCUGAGUCUUCCACCUGCAGCCCUCCCAAAAAUGCACUGCAUCCUGUGGGCUGACAGGGGGGGGCCCACCGACACGACACACACUCCUCGCUGCGGGACUGACGUCCACCCGUGUACAUUUUGUUUUCUUCCUCUGUUUUUGUUUUGGUGCUUGAAUGGUCAAGGGGGAAGCAGGCAGCUUGGACAUUUUCAUGUUGAUCAUGAUGCAGGAGGAGAGGAGUAUGACGGGCUGAGGGAUCCCUUUCAGUCUCCCAUAUCUCAUUGUGUGGCAUCAAACACUUUUUCUUUUGAUGUCUUUAGGUGGUGUGACUAAGAGACAGUGCAGUUUGGUUUGACUGAGGUCCUUAAAACCUGGUAGCCAUUAUGUAUAAAAAAGGUGAUAUUAUAAGAGGAGUAAGCCAUGGUUUUGGAGAGUAGUCAUAGAGUUGACUAUUUAACCCAGCUGUCUGUUGUCCCAGUUGUUGUCUGUUGUUGUAAAUGUGUUUGGACAAAGCAUAUAGAGGGAGGACUGAGGAAGCUGAUGUUGGGACGCUAUUAGAGAGUGAGAUUCAAGAGUUGGGUUUCAGUGUCUUGGGUUUGGGAAUGUUGACGAUGGUAAAGUUCAUUAGUAAUUGCUCAGAUCAAAGGAACUUGUAAAGGGAAGCUUACAUGUGAAGGUAGAUCAGGUUUCGUCAC